CAAUAAAAGCACAAACAAAUCCAGUCGGCCGUCUGUCUCAAAGUGAAUUCUCAGUAGCAGAACGCAAGAAAAAAAGGGCCUCUCCAAUCCUCCGAUCUUCUGGAAAGUUGUAAACCACGUAAAGAAGAAGUUAUGGCUGGACAUAGUGAUUCAAGUUCAUCUGAGAAGAAAUCAGGUGAAGCUAUGACUGAUGUACCAACUUUUAGUGCGGAGAAUUUGCAAAACAACAUGAAAGUUAUAUAUUACAGCCGGACAUUUAUGUCUAUCACUGGAGGGGUUAUUGCUGGAAUUUUUGGGUUCACAGGCUUUGUGGGGUUUAUCUUCUAUUUUCUUGUCAUGACAAUUACUUCAAUUGGACUCAUAGCAAAGGCAAAGUUCUCAGUUCAUUCAUAUUUCGAUAGCUGGAACCGGAUUAUACUCGAUGGAUUGAUGGGUGGACUUAUGUCAUUCGUGCUAUUCUGGACAUUUGCCUAUGACAUUGUGCAUAUAUUCUGAAGAAGUCUCUGCUACAUCUUGCCUGAAAAGAGAAGCUGUGUUUUGUUGUCCUUGCUGCUGGCUACAACAUAGUCUUGUUAUCCUUGCAAUUCGAGAAGACUCCUUUCUAUAAUGGUAUCCAUCUGGUAAUCGUUAUGAUCUUUACCUUUUGAUUCACUUCUAUUGCUUUUAGCAUUUCCUUAAUCAAACCUUGUUGAGAUAUUUUCAGUCUUUAUGUUUGUAGCUUGUUGCGAAUAUAGAGAACACCUCUGAGAUUGUAAGAUGGAAUUUUGAACUCUGAAAAACAUGAUCAUUCCAAGUUAGUUUCGCAAUGGAGUCCUAAAUUUUUAUGCAUGCUACUGAUUUUGUUCCCUAUAUAGCUUAUGUUCCGUAUCCUCAGACUCGAUUGACUUCUCCCACUGAAUAGUGAGUACCAAUCAUGUGAUGAAUGAAUUCUUCAACUUUUCAUUUCAAUUGUAAGGCAAUGGAGCAAUACUCUUCCAAUGGUACACUGAUGCACAGGGUUGUGGUGACAGCCUUUUAGUAUUUCUAUAUUUUUAUAAUUCUCCCACAUGCAUAUUUCAAUAUAAUCAAGAAUGUAGGAUCAGAUAUUGGAACUUACGAGAUUAUUGGGUUCUAUUUGCUAGUUGAGAGAAUCAAUCUUAAGCAAUAACUCCUAUCAACAUCUGAAGGAUUCCAAGGAACACGAAAGAUACGAGUUUAAGAUGCUUGAGAUUACAAUAGCAGUAAUCAAGUUGUUGACGAGUGGCCUGUAGCUUUUGUUGGCACAAAUGCUGACUUAAGUAUAUUUGUUAAGUUAAAGA